GGCACUCUAGGAGUACGCUUAGGCAAGUUAAGCGCUCUUCGCCGGUAAAGAGUCUUACAUCAAGAGCGCUCUGAAGAGUACUAUAGCUCGAUCACUGAUUUAUUUAUAUAGUUAGUCAGUUUGUUUAUUGAAUCGCGGGAUCGAAUUCGAAAGGAAUUUGUAGAGAAAGAACGCGACGGACACUUGUAGUUUACAAUUGUUUUUUCGGUGUAUGAUGGCUUCGAGUGAUUAAUGUGGCUGUUCGAAGGAGUUCGGGAAGUUUUGUGAUUUUUCCAAUUUUUGGAACUCGGUCGACAGUUUUUUGUAGUGGGCCCUGGAGUCCAUGUCUGCAGGUGGCUACGGGGAAGGUCCCGUAGCAACGCCGGACCGUACCGACCUGCACGGCCUCCUGCCCGAGCUCAAUGGCGUCGAGUUGGCGAUGAGCCUCAGUCCCAAACACCAUCAUCAGGGAAGUCACCAGGUCCUGAGCCAUCUGCAACAGCUACACCAUUCGACUCCUUUCAGUGUCACAGAUAUCUUAAGUCCCAUCGAAGAAAGUUAUAGAAAGUUGGAGUUGGCUACGAAUCCUCCGUCGCCUUAUAGAUCGACAUCAAGUGGCAGUAGCAUUAAUUCUCCAGGUGCCGGUGGUGGCGCUCUGAGUUCAAGUGGUUGCAGUAUGAACGGAGGUUACCCUGUGAUGGGGCAGUUUGGCGGAGGCCAGUACUGCCCUGUAUCGGAAAAUUUGGGGCUGGGCUCUCACUACUCCUCGGGAUGGUACCAGACUUCUGCGGCCGAUCCCAGAUUUGCAAUAUCAAGAUUGAUGGGCACAACAGCUGCAUCAGCAAACAUGGGUCACGGCCUGAACGCAGGCAUGCCGGGAUUGGGCGCCUGCGCGGUGACGGAUUCUAAACCCAUGCAGUUCCCCCUUGCACAGAGGCGAAAGAGGCGUGUCCUCUUCACGCAGGCACAGGUGUACGAGUUGGAGAGGAGGUUCAAGCAACAAAAGUAUCUGUCUGCUCCCGAAAGGGAACAUUUGGCGUCUUUGAUACAUCUCACUCCAACACAGGUGAAAAUAUGGUUCCAGAACCACAGGUACAAGUGCAAACGACAGGCCAAAGAAAAGGCGAUGGCUGAACAAAACCAACACAACCAGUCAUCCAGUUCCCCAAGAAGAGUGGCUGUCCCUGUACUGGUAAAAGACGGCAAACCAUGCUCUGGUGGAUCUGGCAGCAACCAGACAUCCUCAUCGUCAGUUGUCGACACUAGCAGAACACAGCAGUCCCCAGCAUGUCAGAGCCAACAGCAGGCUCAGUGCAUGGCGAAUAGCAGCUUAUCCAUGGCCUACAGACAGCAAGGCAACUACCAGCAGCAGUGCGGUGGUACAUAUUUGCCGUUACAGACUAGAGCCUGGUAGUGACACGAGCAGUUUGGAAUAGUUUACAGUAGUGAUGAUGUGUGACGAGUAGUGCUUUAGACGGACAUUAGUCGGACAUAAUAGAGAUGUGCAUGAAGUUGGUUGACGAUUGGAAUUUUGAUGAAGUUUGGACUGCUCGCUACUUCACACGUCAAAAAGAAGUAUUCGAAGACCUCUGAAAUUUUGCCAUUGGUACUGGCACUGAAUUAUAACAGUUCUCUGCUUUUUGAAGAUAUAAAUCAGAGGUUUCUUGAAAAAUUUUCACUGGGAAAAGUGUAGAAAACACUCCCAUUAGAUCAACUCGACUGAAAAAUGUUCAAAUAAAAAAAGGAAAUGUUAUGAGUUCGGAAAAAUCUGAGAUUAAUAGUGCAAUGAUUAGAAGAUAUGUUUUUUCUCAUUGUAGUGAAUUAAUGAUAUGUAAUAUAAUUUUCUUCCAGUGAAUGUAGAUUUUUAUCGUUUUGUACAAAUUUCUUGAGUGUAUAUAAUAUUUAGCGUCUUGGGUAUUCGAUCGAAUAUUUCAAUAAGGAUAUCGAUUUCAAUUUCAAAGAAUCUCUCACAAUGUACAUAAUAUUAGUAUAUAAUGUUGCACAAUAUUAUAACAUGUGUGUUUAUAAAUAAAAUCGAAUAAAAACUCAAUUCAAAUUCAAUAAGAAUCUUGUUAUUACUACCAACCUUCUUGAUUUGAUCAAAACUAGGUCUAUAACCUGCCAGUAUAUCUAACGGCUAUGUAAAUCUUUCAGCAUCAUUGAUCAGCUGACUUACUUGGUUUGCUUUCAAUCUAAUCGGAUUAGUAACUGUUUUUCACAUUAUUGGGAAAAAAUCAUUC